AUGGAAGCCACAGCAGUAUUGGACUCCGAACCAUUUGAAGUAGAGGAACACCUUCGAGACGUCAUCGUGGAAGAGAGAGGUACGGUCACUUUUCUAUGUGUCCUUACCAAUUUCACAGAAGAUAAAGUAAGGGUCGCAUGGAGCAGAAACGGAAAACGACUUCGCAACAGCAUAGACACGAAGAUUAAUGAAAAGAAGAGGACGCACAGUCUAGAAUUAAAAUGUGUACAGCUCAAUGAUCAUGGCGUUUAUAAUUUUAUGUUUAGAAGUAUCCGCAUUCAGUCAAUUACAAAGGGUUUACUUUUUGUCAAACCUGCACAGCCUAACAUAAAAGACGGCGUCCUUUACCUCAAAGCGCCAAAUAGACGGACAUCUGGCUUCCUCAACCAACUUAUCAACGUUUGUGUUGUCGUCGGCGGCACUAUAGAAUUCGAGGCUACGUUAAAAGAAAAAGCAAUCACAGUUGAAUGGUAUAAAAAUAAUGAAGUGAUUGAAUCAGAUGAGCGCAUGAUAUUCUUAAGCGAUAACCGAACGAUAACUCUUGCUAUUCUUCGAGCACAAGAAACUGACUCGGGAAUAUAUUACAUAGUUGCAAAAACUCAACAGAGCAUAGAAUCAAGUUUUGCAAGUGUGAAUGUCGUUAGAUGUGAUCCCUAUUGUCAACUAGCGUCUGAAUCAAGCGUAUACAUCGAUGAGGCAUUUCCUAAACUUAUAGAGGCAUACUCGGGAGAGGAAGUCAGAUUGCUGUAUGCUCCCUUACCUGAAUGUUCAUUCGAAGCAACGGUCAUAGAACCUCUAAACUCCGUCGCUUGCUACGUUGGGUUCCCGGUUAUAUUCAAGUGUCAAUUUGAAGUAGCCGACCCAGAAUUUUGUUGCGCUAUUUGGGAAGUAGGUCGUUACAAAGUUGAGAGAACUAGUCAUCAAUUCAAUGUUUUUUGUAACAAUACGGAAUUCUUAUUGCUCAUUAAGUCAGUCGAACCCGAUAUGGCUGGAACGGUAUUAUGCGAAAUAUGCAAAGCCAUACCUGGUAAUAAAUCACAUACUAUGUGUUCGUCAGCAGCGACUCUCACAAUUUUACCAAAUGUAAUACCCAAAAAGAUCGCCGAAGGCAUUGAAUUAAGAGAUAGAAAAAAAGGGUUCUACAGAAGCUAUCAUAAAGAGGAACUACCAAUAGUAGCAUUGUCUGAGAAAGAAUGUCAAUCCAUCGAGCUUAGGAAAUCGAUUUUACAAGACAUAUCUGAAAUUAACGAAACAACUAAUCAUGAAAGGGGCUCUACAGCAUUGCAUGCAAAGGCUCUUGACGUAAAAACAACAACAGAUGAUGAAGAAGCAGGCCCUUCAGGAAUACAAUCCAGCGCGGUUAGAGCCGUUGACUGUAAACCAAAAAAGAGUAUAUUUUUACACGUAAAUUGUCCUACAAAUAGCAAAAAUCCUACUCCAAAAAGAGAAGUUGUAGAAUUUCAAGUUGUCCCAGAUGUGGAUGCCUCUAAGGACGAUCAAAACUUUAUAAUGAUGUACAUAUCAUAUUGCCAGUGCGACGAUGCUAUUUACUGGGCGGAAGCAAAGUCCAACGUACCGAAGAUGUUCGGUAAACUUACAAUUCAGCAUGUGAAAUACAAAAAUUGGAUCUCGCCAAAUAACUCCAUAGAAGAGACAAUAAUGAUUCAGUUUGAAUGGAAAAAAGCAAAUAACUACUACUAUAUUAUCGAACUCCAUGAUUCCAACGAAUUAGCAGGAACAGGUAUUGCUACGAAAUCGAAAUUCAAGUUAAAAGAGGCUCCCCUCGAAAGAGUAAUCUACUUCAGUAUACGGGCAGUCAAAGGUUCCCGUGACCCCAACGCAGCUGUUUUUAAAGCACCUAAUACCAAGGAUGUGGAAAUGAGUCCCCAAACUGCAACCAUACUUCCUAUGGAGGAUUAUCCUCAGCUAUUCACUGAAACAGGAAACGAUUUGGGCCGUGGGGCUUUUGGACUCGUGGUGCUAGUACGGGAUAAUAUAGCGGGUAAAUACUAUGCGGCCAAGAAAAUUAAAACCUUAUUGGAGAGGAGGAGGAAGAAGGCUGUCAAGGAGUAUGAAUUGUUGAAGGCUUUAGAACAUCCAAAACUUGUGAAGGUUCAUUUGGCAUUCACUGACAAGCAGAGCGUCAUAUUGAUUAUGGAUUUUCUGUGGGGUGGGGAAUUAUUCGAAAGGCUAGUACAAGAAGACCACAUUAAAGAGACAGACGUAGUCGUCUAUGUCCGUCAAAUUUGCGAAGCACUGCAAUACAUACACCGGCACAACAUCCUUCACAUGGAUAUCAAACCCGAGAACAUAAUCUGCCAUAGUCCAAAUACGCGUUUAGUGAAGCUCGCUGAUUUCGGCCUCGCCCGUGUUCUUUACGAGCGCACUGUGGUUCGGGCAAUGUACGGUACGCGGGAGUAUGUUGCGCCGGAGGUUUUGAACUUUGAACCCCUGACUCUUGCUUCAGAUAUGUGGAGCUUCGGUGUUAUAAUAUUUCUCCUGUUAUCUGGAGUGAUGCCCUUCAACGGGCCCACAUGGGGCGAGGUGGUGACAGCAAUGACUCUAGCUCAAUACGAUUACACGGACCCAGCGUUCAAGGACAUUUCGCCUUUAGCCAAAGAUUUCAUAAACAAGCUGCUGCAGCCGAACCCCGCUUCGAGGAUGACGUCGUCGCAAGCCCUCGAACACACAUGGCUGAAGGAGGGCCCCCCGAGCACCUCCAAUCCUAUGAGGAGGACCAGGGACAACUUGCGCGAUUAUCUUGCCAACCAACGCUUUAGAUGGCAGGAAAGCAAUGCGUUUCCGCGUAUCUUCGACUCACCAACGACAUCGGUAAUCGUCGGAAGUUUCGACAGCAAUUAUAGCAAAGCGAACAAGUGUUUCUUCUUCCUUAUCAAAAGAUCAUUUUGUUACACGCAGAGAGCUGGUAACGUUGUGAUAGCCGCUCAUCGGUUGCGAAACGGCGUACAAAAGAACAAGCAAUAA